CGUUGACGUUGACGAUGACGAUGACGCCGCCGGCGCUUGUUGUUGUUGUUGUUGUUGUUGUUGGUGGUGGCUGCACUUGGCGCGUUUGUUUCCGGCGGCAGCUGGCGUUUAGGGGGCGGCUGGAGGUGUUGCGCCAAGGCCAGAGGAACGCAUAAUCACACGCUCUAUAAAAGCUGUCGAUUCACCUGGCAAUGGCAUCAGUUCAGCUCUUUAGCUCAUUUCAAACAGAUCCACGCUCAAAAUGAAAGUCUUCCUCUGUUUGUUGGCGCUGGGCGCAGUUGCCAAUGCGGGUUACAUUGGCGGUGGCGGUGGCGGCGGCGGCGGUGGACACGGACAUGGGCAUGGCGACUCAGGACCUGCACCCGAGGUCAAAGUUAUCAAAGUGAUUCAUGAAUCGGCACCUUCCCAGGGCGGCUGGCAAGCUGGCGGCGGUGGUGGCGGAGCCGGUUGGCAAGCAGGCGGAGCUGGAGGCGGCGGUUGGUCAGCGGGAGGCGGCGGCGGAUAUGGUGGCGCCUCAGGCGGCGGCUAUGGCGGCUCUCAAGGGCAAGAGGUCAAGAUUAUCAAGAUUAUCUCGCAGCAGUCUUCAGAUGGUGGCUAUGGAGCUGGCGCAGGUGGUGGCUGGUCAGCAGGUGGUGGCGGAGGCGGCGGCUCUGGCUGGUCCGCUGGCGGUUCAGGCUCUUCGGGCUGGUCAUCUGGUGGUAACGAUGCCACCACAGCUGUCAAAAUCAUCAAAAUCAUCUCGGAAAGCAGCUCAGAUGCUGGCUCUGGUGAUGCCUCUGGCUGGUCAGCAGGUGGUGCGGGCGGCGGCGGUUAUUCCGCUGGUGGUGCAGGCGGCGGCGGUUGGUCUACUGGCGGUGCAGCUGGCGGCGGCUGGUCAGCGGGCGUUUCUUCAGGCGGCGGAUGGUCAUCGGGGGCUCCUGCCAGCGAUGGCUGGUCCUCUCAAGGUGGCAACGGCGGCGGCUGGUCCUCGCAGGGCGGCGGCAGCUGGUAAAAAAGUUUCCACAAUUCGUGAUAAGCUCAAGUCUCAUUCUGCCUCAUCUCAUGCUCAUUUCAUUAACUUGUUGUUUUUUGCUCGCCUUAUUUGUUGAAUAAAAGUCUUUAUAAUUUCCACAAUCAA